GUGCUCACCACAGAAGCAGCCAACUACAUUGCGGAGGAGUACUCCAGCUUGCGUAGCCAGGACCAGAUGAGUUCCGAUGUGGCUCGGACUUCACCGGUCACUGCCCGAACUCUGGAGACCUUGAUCAGGUUGUCGACUGCCCACGCAAAAGCCAGGAUGAGCAAAUCCAUCGACCUCCAAGAUGCUGAAGCUGCUGUCGAACUGGUUCAGUUUGCUUACUUCAAGAAGGUUUUGGAGAGACAAAAGAAAUCACGCAAAGAUGAGAGUGACGUGGAGACGGAGGAAGAGGAGGUGACCCAGGAUGAUGGCGACAGCAAGAAGAGGAGGAAGCCCCAGUCGAAGGGUGGUGAAGGCAGAAAGCGGAGACGGGAGCUGGGUGAGGAUGAGCAGUAUGACCCCUACGACUUCAGUGAUGCUGAGGAGGAGGCUCCAGACACCCAGCCGCGCACUCCAAAGACCCCUGAUGCUGACGAGCGGAUGGACGUCGGUGAUGGAGCUGCUGAAACUGUGCUAAGUGAAGAAAGGUUGAAGGUGUUCAAAGCUGCCCUGUUAGAUGCUUUCAAAGCUGUACAUGCACAGUCCCUCGGAAUGCAAACCCUGAUGGCUUCAAUCAACAAAGGAAAUGAGGUUCCAUUCUCCGAGGAGGAGGUGCAGGCCGCUCUCGACAAGAUGCAGGAAGACAACCAGAUUAUGGUGUCAGAUCAGAUCAUCUUCCUGAUCUGAAGUAGUCAAUUUCAACAUGCACCUCCUGUGCAUCAGACAGAUCUAAAAGCACAGUGGGGUGUGACUAAAGGACCUGCUGUGACUGCUUAAAUAUUGGCCA